AUGGCCAGGACAGUGUCAGAUCCAACAGGAGGAGGCGGACGUCCAUCAAAUGCUUCGAUCUCAGCUGGCGGAGGCGGUAGACAGAGUAUAGGUGAACCGAGGAGGAUGAAAAAUACUGCUAGGAAAAGUACAGGUGGGAAGGCUCCUAGGAGGUCGGGACCAUUUAACCCCGCUCCAGGUCGUGAUGCCCCAGGAUACCCUCGAUCGUCACUAGCGGAGUCAGAAGGAGGUACGCAAAGGGCCAAGAGACGUUAUAGACCCGGUACGAGAGCUCUAAAAGAGAUUAGACAGUAUCAGAAGUCGACGGAUUUGUUAAUUGCGAAAUUACCUUUUUCAAGAGUUGUCCGCGAAGUAGCGUUAGAUUUAUCGUCAAACGAAGCUGGUGAUUUACGUUGGCAGAGUUCAGCAAUUAUGGCUUUACAGGAAGCUGCAGAGGCUUUCUUGGUGCAUUUGUUUGAGGAUGCAAAUCUAUGUGCGAUACACGCCAAACGAGUGACGAUCAUGCAGAAGGAUAUACAGCUGGCAAGGCGUAUACGUGGUCAAUGGCAUGGAUUGGGUUAG